CACACACUCACACACACACACACACUCAGAGACACACAGAGAGAGUUUCCUGCGCUGAUUAAACCCAGGUCUUCGCAUCCAUGUCUCGGGAGCCGUGUGUCCGCCCCCGGGGGUGUCCCAGGCCCUGUGUGUGCUGACCGCAUUGGUUAUGGAGCAGGACGCUAGUGAUGAUGAAUCCCCAGUAGUUUUUAGAGGUGAAAACCGGAGGAGGAGAAGAAAAAUGAAAGCAUUCACAUCAAACUCAUCCGUAGCAAUGGAUCACUUAGCGCUGGAGUUUGUGCUUCCCACGACUAACAAAACCACCAAAAACCCUGACACGCUGCAGUUGGAUGUGAUUGGGAACUGGACUGUAGAGCAGGUCAAAGCCCAACUGUGGCUGAAGGCAGUCACAACCAACGUGUGUCCAGAAUUCUACCAAAAGUAUUCACCAGACCACUGCAUCCUGCUCUACCAGAAGAAAGGGAGCUGGUGCGAGAUCUACGACAAGCACCAGGUGUUUCAGACCCUCGAUUGCGUCCGCUACUGGAAAGCUCUUAAAAAGGAUGUCGGAAAAAUCUAUCUGGUUCUGAGGCCACAACCCAGCGAAGACUCUGUCCAGUACCAGAAAUUUCUAAAUCAUCUCAUAGGUUAUGACGUCACAGAUGUCAGUAAUGUUCAUGACGAUGAGCUGGAGUUUACAAGGAGGAAGUUACUUACACCCAGGAAAAUUGAACUGGUUGACCGAGAUCCCAAACUGUACUCGACAGACCCCUGGAUAACCAGCAAGGCCUUACCCGAUUACUUGUUGAGUAAGAUCACUAACAACCACAUUCUAAUUGUGAUACACAGAGAUACCUCAAGCCAGACAAUAAAGGUGUCCAUAGAUGACACGCCUUUUCAGGUUCUUCAGAGCUUCCUGCUAAAGACUACCAACAAAAGGGCGCUGCUCAGCAUACCAGAGGAUGUCAGUGAAUCAGAUUUUGUUUUGAGGGUUUGUGGAAGAGAGGAGUAUAUUUUUGGGAACUACCCCAUCAAAGACUUCCACUGGAUCAGACAGUGCCUCAAAAGUGGAGAAGAGAUCCAUUUGGUGCUUGAAUCCCCUCCAGACCCCGAACAAGAUGUGGUCCAGAAGGAGGACUGGUCCCAGGUGGAUGACUGCACUGGUGUUGCUGGCACGCACGAGCAACUGACCAUCAACGAGAAAGACCACGAGAAGGUGUUCACCAUCUCCCUCUGGGACUGCAAUCGCAAGUUCAGGGUCAAAAUCCUGGGGAUCGAUAUUCCGGUCCUUCCUCGUAAUUCCGAUCUCAUUGUCUUUGUGGAGGCCAGCAUUUUCCAUGGGCAGCAGCUGCUGGCGCAGGAGAGGACGUCUCCCAAGCCGUUCACUGAAGAAGUGCUCUGGAAUACGUGGCUCGAUUUCAACAUUAAGAUAAAAGAUUUACCCAAAGGUGCGCGGCUGAACCUGCAGGUGUCGUGCGGGAAGGCGCAAACGCAGACCUCGAAGGACAGCGUUUCGCACGAUGGCAAGAACAAGAGCCGUCUGCUGUACUACGUGAACCUGCUAGUGGUGGACCACAGGUCUUUACUCAGACAGGGCGAGUUCAUCCUGCACAUGUGGAAGAUGCCUGAGAAAAGCGAAGACAACAGCAGCGUAAAUGCUGAUAAACUCACUUCUGCCACCAAUCCAGACAAAACGAGUUCCAUGGCCAUCGCAUUGCUGCUGGACAAGUAUUGCUACCCAGUUGCUUUGCCGAAGAGCAGGGACUGCCGAGAUGCAUCGGAGCUGGAAGGAGAGAGAGGGAAAAGGGAGAUGCCGAACCAUUUACGGAAGCAGUUUGAUCAAAUCGUAGCUACCGACCCUUUGCAUCCGCUUAGCACGGAAGAUAAGGAGCUCCUCUGGCAUUUCAAACAGGAGUGUGUGCGGCAUCCUUCGGCCUACCCGAAGUUUCUCGGUUCUGUCAAAUGGGGAAAACAGGAAGCUGUCAUGUCAACGCACCAUCUUUUAGAGCGAAGCACCACAUGGGACCGCAGCCCUCUAGAUGUAGGGUUAGCGAUGCAGCUGUUGGACUGUCACUUCUCUGACGCUAUUGUGCGCACGAUGGCGGUCAGGAAACUGGAGACGCUUGGAGACGACGAUGUCCUUCGGUACCUUUUGCAGCUGGUUCAGGCUGUGAAGUUUGAACCCUAUCACGACAGUGCACUCGCCAGGUUCCUCCUUAAGCGGGCUCUCCGGAGCAAACGGAUCGGCCAUUUCCUGUUCUGGUUCUUGCGGAGUGAGAUCGCUCAAUCCAUGCACUACCAGCAGAGGUAUGCGGUUAUUUUGGAGGCGUACCUGCGUGGCUGUGGAGACGCCAUGCUGCAGGACUUCAGGAAGCAGGUGGAGAUUACUGAGGCACUACAGAAGGUCACACGUGAGGUCAAAGCCAUAUCUGCCGAGAAAUACGAUGUGUCAGCACAAGUUAUUUUUCAGUUGCGUCAGAAACUGGAGGGUCUGCAAAUGCAGGGUUUGCCCGAGAGCUUUAAAGUGCCGUACGAUCCCGGACUGAGAGCUGGGGCGCUGGUGAUCGAGCAAUGCAAAGUAAUGGCAUCCAAAAAGAAGCCCCUGUGGCUGCAGUUUAAGCGAGCCGACCCCACCACCCUGUCGAGCGACACCAUCGGGAUCAUUUUCAAGGACGGGGAUGAUCUCCGGCAGGACAUGCUGAUUCUACAGAUUUUGUUGAUCAUGGAGUCUAUAUGGGAGACUGAGUCCCUGGAUCUGUCCUUACUUCCUUAUGGCUGUAUAUCCACUGGAAAUAAAAUCGGAAUGAUCGAGAUAGUUAAGGAUGCCACCACCAUUGCAAACAUCCAGCAAAGCACCGUGGGAAAUACUGGGGCUUUUAAAGAUGAGAUCCUGAACCAGUGGCUUCGAGACAGAUGUGUGAAUGAGGACAAGUAUCAGCAGGCGGUGGAGCGCUUUGUUUAUUCCUGUGGAGGCUACUGCGUAGCAACCUACGUCUUGGGGAUUGGUGAUCGCCAUAACGACAACAUCAUGAUCACUGAGUCCGGGAACCUUUUCCACAUUGACUUUGGACACAUUCUUGGAAACUACAAGAGCUUCCUGGGUAUAACGAAGGAGAGGGUGCCUUUUGUCCUAACACCUGACUUUCUCUAUGUAAUGGGGACGACUGGGAAGAAGACGAGCCCGAAUUUCCUCAUGUUUCAGAACAUUUGUGUGAAGGCCUACCUGGCUCUGCGACAUCACACCAACCUGCUGAUCAUCUUGUUCUCCAUGAUGCUGAUGACCGGCAUGCCUCAGCUGACCAGCAAGGAGGACAUCGAGUACAUUCGGGAGGCUCUGACUGUGGGGUGCACAGAAGACGUGGCUCAGAGACACCUUUUGGAUCAGAUUGAAAUCUGCCGGGACAAGGGCUGGACAGUGCAGUUCAACUGGUUCCUGCACCUGGUGCUUGGCAUUAAACAAGGAGUGGAAAAGCGAUCAGCCUAAGCAGAGGAUUGCAGAAAAGACUUCAUGAAAUAGUGUUUCCAAAGAGUAUUUUAUCAGAAAAUUCUUCUUUUUUUUUAACCCAAUGCUUAGUUUCAGCGUUUCCUUCAUUUGCUUUGACAGAAUGUAUGAUGUCACUCAUCAGUUAUCUGAUCCCAAGUCUGUUUAAAAAAAAUAAUUAAAAAAGUCUUCAUUAAAACACAAUGACAUUAAAAUGA